ACAAUCAUAAUCAUUAUUUUUGUGUUAUUUGCUAAUCAAUAUUAAAAUACGUUAUUGAACAUAAAAUUGGUGUUAAAUUAUAUAUUUAGCCUUUAAAUUAAUACUAAGAUGACAGAAGAUCAAAAUAUUUUUUUUUUUUCAACCAAGAAUAGGUGAAAUUGUUUUAUUUUGAAGUUUUGACUUUUGGACCAAAUUGAAUUGUUGCUUUGAGUUCCACUUUUUUUUUUUCAAAAAAGAAAGCAUCUAAUUCUAUCAGGCACGAGCACAUCUUCUCUCCCUAUAUAUACCCACUGCGGAUGGCUACGGCCGCGCCACCGGCGGUGAACGGUGCCGUGAAAAUGGCCACUACCUCUCAAGCAUAUCUCGAAAGCGGCAAGGUGAAAGAGACGAAGGUUUUGAUCGCCGACCUAUGCCGCCACUUCUACAAUCAGGGUUGGGUCUCCGGCACCGGCGGGAGCAUCACCGUCAAAGUUCACGAAGACUCCAUUCCGAGACACCAACAGCUCAUUGUCAUGUCCCCAUCAGGAGUGCAGAAGGAAAGAAUGGUUGAAGAGGAUAUGUAUGUGCUAUCUCCAAAUGGGACAAUUCUAUCCGAGCCUUCCGCUAAACCCUACCCACAUAAGCCUCCCAAGUGUUCUGAUUGUGGCCCUCUGUUCUUGAAGGCAUAUGAGAUGCGCAAUGCAGGUGCUGUUAUCCACAGUCAUGGAAUGGAAUCUUGCCUUGUUACUAUGAUGAAUCCAUCUGCCAAAGAAUUUCGAAUUACUCAUAUGGAAAUGAUUAAGGGAAUUCAAGGGCAUGGUUACUAUGAUGAGCUUGUAGUCCCAAUCAUAGAAAACACUGCCCAUGAAAGGGAACUCACUGACUCUCUUGCUGAAGCUAUAAAAGCCUACCCCAAAACAACAGCUGUAUUGGUUCGAAAUCAUGGAAUAUACAUAUGGGGAGAUUCUUGGAUUAGUGCCAAGACACAGGCUGAAUGCUAUCACUACCUGUUUGAUGCUGCAAUUAAACUCCACCAGUUAGGAGUUGAUUGGUCAACGCCGUCUCAUGGCCCCAUUCGCAAAUCUAUUGGUGCUUUAGGCAGUCUACACACUGGCAGGGGAGCAAGACGAUGCAUCCUUCUGGAUAUUGAAGGAACCACUACUCCAAUAUCAUUUGUGUCGGAUGUUCUCUUCCCAUAUGCCCGGGAUAAUGUGGGGAGACAUUUGGACAUCACAUACGACUCUGCAGAAACUCAGGAUGACAUCAAAUUACUGAGACUUCAAGUAGAAGAAGAUCUAGAAAAAGGGAUUGCUGGUGCAGUGCCAGUCCCUACAGAUGAUGCAGGGAAAGCAGAGGUAAUUGCAGCUCUUGUUGCCAAUGUGGAGGCAAUGAUUAAAUCUGACCGCAAGAUUACUUCCUUAAAGCAAUUACAGGGCCAUGUUUGGCGGACUGGGUUUCAGAAUAAUGAACUGCUGGGAAUUGUUUAUAAUGACGUGCCCAAAGCUCUAGAAAAAUGGAAUGAUUUGGGGUUCAAGGUAUACAUAUAUUCGAGCGGUAGCAGAUUGGCACAGAGGCUCUUGUUUGGUAACACAAAUCACGGGGACCUGAGAAAUUUCCUUUCUGGAUUUUUCGAUACAACAGUGGGGAACAAGAAAGAAAGAAAAAGUUACAUUGAAAUCAAAGAGUCAUUGGGAGUUGAUAACCCAUCAGAGAUCCUUUUUGUUACCGAUGUUUAUCAAGAAGCAACAGCUGCCAAAUCUGCCGGUUUGGAGGUGAUCAUCUCGGUUCGCCCUGGAAACUGGCCUCUACCAGAAAACAAUGAAUUCAGGACAGUGAAAACCUUUGCAGAAAUCUAAGAUGGAGAGCGUACAUGCUACCAGGUUUGGAGCUGAUCUUCAUCACAAUAUAAAUAAAUGGAAUUAUUGUUUCCCCUCUUGUAGUGAACUUUGAAUUACUCUUAACUCUGUAUUCUUAACCGGGGUUUGAUGCGACAUGCGCACACCAAGAAGUUAUACCUAACCUUAUACACACCAUAUAUAUAGAAAACAUGUUUUAGACAAUGCGAAGAGUAACUCAACUCUCAUCCCAUUUUUUUUUCUCAUAGACAUUCACAAACAUUUGUUACUGAGAUUUGUUACUGAUCAAUGUUAUGGAUGUCUGUGAGGUCGGGGUGAAAGGUGGGGUCAGAGAUGGGAUGACUUCAGCAUUUUCUGACAUUUUCUUUUCGGGUUUAUGAGAUAUCUGUCUUGUGAAUUGUGAUUAUUUUGGUGAUUUCAUUGCCAUUGGUGGACAUGAU